GAACCCACAGGCCUCUCUUACCUGGCAGACAGCAUCCUUGCUCUACAAGACCUCCUGGAGAGGCACACAGAAGCACCUGCUCUGCUGUGCCCAGCCCCUCCCCAGCCCACCGUGGGGACCCACUCCUUUCGUGUUGCAAGUCCUACUGCACAAGGAUGCCCAACUCCUGGGUCCUGAGAACUGAGUUCCGCCUGUCCUGGAGGUGGAGGCUGGAAAUCAGAGAUCAGGUGCCAGCAUGGAUGGGUUCUGGUGAGGACUCCCUUCCUGGCUUGCAGACGGCCACCUUCUCACUGUGUCCUCACAUGGCCUUUCCUGGGUGCAUGCAUGUGUGGAGAGAGAGCUCGCUGGUAUCUCUUCUUCCAAGGCCACCAAUCCUAUCAGACAUGAUCCGACCACAAAUAUUAUGGGCAGAAAAGCCAACACAGCAGACUCCGUGGAGAGACUGUCGGUUUCAGGGAGCCUGCACUCCUCCCUCGACACUGCUGCGCCUAGUGUGACUGUGCCCCGAGGACGCGUCUCUGAAAUGAAGGCCAUGCCUUGGAAUUGGACCUGCCUGCUCUCCCACCUCCUAAUGGUGGGGAUGGGCUCCUCCACUCUACUCCCCCAGCAGCCACCCCUGCUGCCCCAGAAGCGGUCUUUUGUCACGUUCCGCGGGGAGCCCGCCGAGAGCUUCAACCACCUGGUGGUGGACGAGAGGACAGGGCACAUUUAUGUGGGGGCCGUCAAUCGGAUCUACAAGCUGUCCAGCGACUUGAAGGUCCUGGUGACCCACCAGACCGGGCCGGACGAGGACAACCCCAAGUGCUACCCUCCCCGCAUUGUCCAGACGUGCAACGAGCCCCUGACCACCACCAACAAUGUCAACAAGAUGCUCCUGAUAGACUACAAGGAGAACAGGCUGAUCGCUUGCGGGAGCCUGUACCAAGGCAUCUGCAAGCUCCUGAGGCUGGAGGACCUCUUCAAGCUGGGGGAGCCUUUUCACAAGAAGGAGCACUACCUGUCGGGGGUCAACGAGAGUGGCUCUGUCUUUGGGGUGAUCGUCUCCUACAACAACCUGGACGACAAGCUCUUCAUUGCCACGGCCGUGGACGGGAAGCCGGAGUAUUUCCCCACCAUCUCCAGCCGGAAACUGACCAAGAACUCAGAGGCGGAUGGCAUGUUCGCGUAUGUCUUCCACGAUGAGUUUGUGGCCUCGAUGAUCAAGAUUCCUUCGGACACUUUCACCGUCAUCCCCGACUUUGAUAUCUACUACGUCUACGGCUUCAGCAGCGGCAACUUUGUCUACUUUUUGACGCUUCAGCCUGAGAUGGUGUCUCCCCCCGGCUCCACCACAAAGGAGCAGGUUUACACGUCCAAGCUCGUGAGGCUUUGCAAGGAGGACACGGCCUUCAACUCCUACGUGGAGGUGCCCAUUGGCUGUGAGCGUGGCGGGGUGGAGUACCGCCUGCUGCAGGCUGCCUACCUGUCCAAAGCUGGGGCCGUGCUCGCCCGGACCCUCGGGGUCCGCCCAGAGGACGACCUCCUCUUCACCGUCUUCUCCAAAGGCCAGAAGCGGAAAAUGAAAUCCCUGGACGAGUCGGCCCUGUGCAUCUUCAUCCUGAAGCAGAUCAAUGGCCGCAUUAAGGAGCGGCUGCAGUCCUGCUAUCGGGGCGAGGGCACGCUGGACCUGGCCUGGCUCAAGGUGAAGGACAUUCCCUGCAGCAGCGCGCUCUUAACCAUUGAAGACAACUUCUGUGGCCUGGAUAUGAAUGCCCCCCUGGGCGUGUCUGAGAUGGUGCGUGGCGUCCCCGUCUUCACGGAGGACAGGGACCGCAUGACUUCCGUCAUUGCAUACGUCUACAAGAAUCAUUCUCUGGCCUUUGUGGGCACCAAAAGCGGCAAGCUGAAGAAGCAUCUUUCCCACCCUUUUGACUGUUCUGGGAGCUCCUUCGCAGCUCAGAUGUCGCCUCCUCUCAGAAGCCUUCUCUGAUCUGCCCCUCCCUCCCGCCUCGCCCUGGAGCAGAACAGAUCACCCCGUUUCAUGGACUGCUGCUGGGCUCCUCAAUAUUCCCAGGUUUUCAUAGCUCACCUUGUUCCGGUCAUUUGAUCGAGUGUCUGUCUGCUUUGCUUCCUGGGCCCUGUGUGAGAUGCUGUCAGGCAGGGGCAUUGACACCUGUAUGGUCCCCACCGCACACAACGGGA